UGCUCCCGGACUCAGAGGGAUUGCGAAGCUGUCAAAUCCGAGGCGUAACUCCUUACCCCGCACUGCAAUGAGCUGUGCCCAAGCUGUGCCACAAGACCUACUGCUUCCCCCGAGUCAGAGGGCCCAUCCCACGUUCAGAGAACAAAGAAAACAAAACCUCAAGGAACAUCUACUCAAAAGAAAAACUAUAUUUGCAUACAAACAGGAAAAUCAGAUAUUAUCCAGUAGAGACCAGAGAGCGAUGACAUCUGAGGGUCAAGUCCAAGAAGAAACAAAAGUUCUGAAACUUAAGACAAAAAUGGCUGAUAAAGAAAAUAUCAGUAGACCUACAAGGAGCAAAAAUAACAUAACAAUUGAAAAAAAUUGUAUUCCUUUAAAACCUUCUAAUGAAUUAACCAAUUCAACUAUAGCAAUUGACACACAUAAUUUGGAGACUAAUAAUCAAACUCUGCAGUUACCAAAUAAAGAUAAGCCCCCAAAUCAACGUAUGACAUUAAGCCAAGCAUUUCACAUUAAAAACAAUAUUAAAAAGAAACAAAUCACUACAGAAAAACCAAAGCAAGAUGCUUACAUGCUCAAGAAACCUGUGCUUGGAUCUUACAGUGGCCAAAUUGUUCAGUCUAAGGUUAAUUCAUUUAGAAAACCUGUACAAGUCAAAGAGGAGAAUUCUGCAACAACGAAGAAACUUUCAACUACUAUCUUUAAAGCCACAAAGCCUCAGCCUAUAAACACCAGCAGUGUAACAGUGAAAAGUGAGAGAGCCCCAAAUAUGAAGACUACCACUAAAUUUGUGAGCACUACAUCUCAGAACAGACAACUUUUGCGUCCUCCAAUUAGAAGUCACUACAAUAAUACCCAGGACUCCAUGACCCGAGGCAUCAGUAGAACCUCUGCCAAUGUGACAAUUCGGAAAGGGCCACCUGAGAAAGGUUUACUGCAAUUAAAUUCAGUUUCAUCUAAUGUCAAAACCAGUUCUUCUCAGGAAGUAAAAAGAAAUGAGGCACUAUCAAGAAGCAUCACAUCGGAAAUUAUAGCCAAGCCUGCUUCAUCUUCUAAUACCAAACUGACAGAAAAGUCAAAAACCAUUGACCAGCGUAGACAUACUAUCGCAAAAGCAACUAUCAAUAGUAGAUCUGCUCAGCCCAAAGAAACUGCAGAAGAGAGAAAAGCUCGUCUGAGUGAGUGGAGAGCUGGCAAAGGAAGAGUGCUGAAAAGGCCUUCUAGCUCAGUAGUUACCCACCCUGAACCUGAAGGACAAAAUGAAAAACCAGUUGGGUCCUUUUGGACUACCAUGGCAGAAGAAGAUGAGCAAAGAUUAUUUACUGAAAAAGUAAACAAGACAGUUUCUGAGUGCCUUAACCUAAUCAAUGAGGGCUGCCCAAAAGAAGAAAUAUUGGACACACUGAAUGGCCUGAUUAAAAAUAUUCCAGAUGCCAAAAAACUUGUUAAAUAUUGGAUAUGCCUUGCACGAAUUGAACCACUCACGAGUCCUAUUGAAAAUAUUAUCGCAAUCUAUGAGAAGGCGAUUCUGGCAGGAGCUCAGCCUAUCGAAGAGAUGCGACAUGCAAUUGUAGAUAUUCUAACAAUGAAGAGUCAAGAAAAAGUUACUUUUGGAGAAAUUUUUGAAGAGCCUUGUGCAACCAAGGAACAAAUCCAAGAAGUCAACAUUGAAGAUACCGGUGUUAAACUAGAGUCAGGAAAACCAGAAAUGGAAAAUAAACAUCAUAGAAAUGUGGUAUUUCAAGACUGUGAACCAGAGCAAAAUGACAAAACAAAAGAUCCAGCCAAUGAUGUUAAAACUCCCAGUACAGAAACUAGAGAGAGUUGCUUAAUUAAAUAUAAUGUGUCUACUACACCAUACUUACAAAGUGUGAAAAAGAAGAUGCAAGUUGAUGAAAUAAAUUCUACAUUUAAAGAGCUGAAGUUUCUAACACCAGUUAGACGUUCUCGACGUCUUCAAGACAACAUUUCUAAAUUGCCAGAUAUGUUAAAAGAUCAUUAUCCUUGUGUGUCUUCAUUGGAACAGUUAACAGAGUUGGGAGAUGAAAGUGAUGCUUUCAUAUGCCGCCCUAAUGCAGCCCUGUGCCGGAUGUAUAUGGAGCCUGAAACAAAAGAAGAGAAAUGAAGCUAUGAUAAGGAAUGAGGUUUUUACUCCUGGGCUGUUUUGUUUGUUGUGACUUUGUAUGUCUCUUAGGUCAGGAGUUGGCCAAGUAUCUAAGU